CGUCAGAGGAAGUGUUGAAGAUGGCGCUGGAUUUGACUCCUCGCUUCAGACGUUUGAACAGUCAAACUCGAAGUUUUCGUGAAAGUUUGCGACAUGGCUUCUCGGGGCCUUUCGGCGCCACUCAGCUGUGGCACAACAUCAUCCGGGCCCUGCAGACCCAGGUGGAGGUGCGGCGCCGCAGGAGGCACCUCCGCGUGCACGCCGACUGCUUCACGGGCUGCGACGCCGUGGACGCCGUGCUCAGCUACCUCAUGCAGAACGUGGCCUUCUGCACCAGCGAGGUGUCGCGCCUCAAGGCGGCGCGGCUCUGCCAGGCACUGAUGGAGGCCAAGGUGUUCGAGCCCGUGGGCGCCAGGCCGUUCCACAGGAGCAAGGAGGCCGUCUUCGAGGACAGCAGCUGCAGCCUGUACCGCUUCCUGGACUACCAGGUGACCUCCGACCCCUCUCUGAAGGAAUCUGAGCCGGAAAACCUUUCACCGGGACUGGAGACGAAGAGGAGGAGGAGCUCAAGGCUGAGAGAGGUGAGGACCUUCUCCAACCCCCUGGCUGUGGGCUCAUCGGACCGGCGGGUGGAGCAGCUGCUGCAGACCAUCCACCUGCAGCCGUCCUCAUCUCCAGGGUCUUCUGCCUUCCUGUCCAGAGCAGAGAUGGACGAGGUCUGGAAGCAGCAGACUCUGCUGCAGCUGCUGCAGCUGGUGGAGAUCCCCAUGCUGGACUGCAUCCUGACGCCUCCCGCGGCCUGCAGGGCUCCGGUCCUCAGCCAGGACCUGGUCAUCUCCAACACGUGUCUGGACCGAGAGCUGCCCGACGCGCUCAGCCUGUCCCCGCUGGACGACUGGCUGUCGGCCGCCGCAGAUUGUCUGGAGCUGUUUCCAGAUCAGCUGAUCGUGGUCGCCGGGGAGCAGCUCAGCCGUAGCGAUGGCGGCGGCGGCGGCUCGUCGGCGUCUGAGCAGGAGGACGGUCAGAAGAGGCUUCUCUUUGACACCAUCGUGAAGCACUACAGCAGCCCGGACCGAGCGCCUCUGCUGUCAGGACGCUACCUGGACAUCCACGUGGCCAUCCUCCACUUCCUGGAUGAGGGCAAAGUGCAGGAGGCCACCCGGGCCUCUCAGCUGUGUCUGCGGCUGCUGGAGUCCGGCGUGCGGGACGAGCUGCGCCGGCUGCUGGCCUUCAUGUCGCAGGCCGCUCAGCGCCACGCCUGCCGCCUGCAAAAGCAGACUGAGAACAGGACUCUGGUGUGCCGCUCCUUCCAGAGAGCUCUGCUGCAGAACCAGGACCUGACCCGGGACCAGACUGAGACCCUGGUGCUCUUCCUCCUGGACAAUCACACCGAGCUCUUCAAGACUCCCACCACCCUGAUUGAAGCUGUGAGGAAGACUCUGAGGUCCAUGCAGCAGGGCAAAGAUCCAGACUCCAUUGCUACGUUCACCUUCUGCCAGCAGGUGUCUCCUCAGGAGUAUGAGGACCAGCGGGAAGCCACCACCCUGCAGAGCCUCAAGCAGCUGCUGCAGCACAUCUCCUCCACCCAGAGCCUCGGCGCCAAGCAGAGGAGGGCGCUGCUGAGGGACUUCCAGAAGCACCACCCGGUGGUGUUCCUGCAGCACGUCUCCAGCUCCUUCUGACGCUCACCGCUCUGAGUCCGCAGAUCGUCAACGUUUUGCACGAGUUGGGAGUCCUACUUUAAAACAGGAUCCUGCAGUUUGGAGGCUUUUAUUGACGAAAGCUUUUUCUUUUCAAUUUUUAAUGCUGAUGCUUUAAACUGAUUGUAGAGAUCAUUCACAUGUUUUCUACUCUAGCGAGUCGACACUGUUUUAGAAACAUUAACAAGAAAAACAUUUUGUGAAGGGACUAUUUCUGUAGCGUAAGGGGAGUUCAAUCAACUGUUUAGAUCUAACCUCUAGUUAACGGCUUAGAUCAGGGUGGCCAAACACAUGGCCCGCAAGCCAAAACGGGCCCUCAUGAAGGAUUAACGUGGUCACAUCACUGUGGUGUGCAGUGUAGUGGCUCGCUCCCCACCCCCUGGUUCAAGUCCAGGUUCAGCUGGUGGAGUUCCCAUGCUGUCACAGGGUUUUACUGAUAACUUUAUUUGGUAUGAGCUGUUUUCCAUUCUUUGGACUUUGGGGAAGUGUUUUGCUCUGUACAGAGACCCUGAUCCGGUGAUGAAGCUUUAACGUCGCUGCACAUCCAGUGAAGAAGAGCUCUGUGCUCCAGGCCGACUGGAGCAGCUGAAGUCUUGGUAAACACUGCAGUCUGACACUGAAGGAGCCGCUCUCUAGCUCAGGUUUAACUCUCUGGAUUUUAAAGUCACUGUAAUCUCUUCUUAAAGAUAGAAGCUUUUUAGGAUUUCACUUCUGUUUUGAGGGAAAUGUUUGAAUUUUUUUUUCUGACACUACUAAUUUAAGUUUUG